AUGGAAGAUAUUAUUAAUAUAGAAUUUUAAAGCAUCUUUAAAUAUAUUAAAAUAAAUAUAUAUAUAAUUUUAUAGAUUUCACACAAUAAAUUGAUAAUCCAUNCAUCUAAUCCAUUUAAUAGUAUAAGUUUAUCAAACAAGAAAAUUUCAAAGAAUUAUAAUCCAAUAUUGUUGAUAGAUAAAUUCAAACAAAUAAGAAGAUGUUUUUAGAUGAUUAGAGCUCUUUUUAGAUUGAAAAUGUUAUACAAGUAAUAUUUAUUAUUUAAGAAUAAGUUUGAAAAAAUCAACAUGGAAUUUGUAGAUGAAUAUAUUUAAAAGUAAUUAAAAGAUUUUAAAAUAUAAUGAAAGCAUUACACUUAUAAAAAUAAAAUAAUGGACAUAAAUGGUAUAUGCCAAGAUGAUUUCAAUUAUUCAGUAUUAAAAUUUAGAAAAAUAAAAAUUGAAUUUUAUUGUAAAUAUUUUAAUUAAUGAAAUUUAAAGGAAAAUCCAGAAAUAAUGACAUCUGUUGAAAUUGAUUAAGCAAUUAUUUUUAUUCAAAAUAACUUUACAUUCACAAUGUCCAAUCUUUUAAUGAUGAUAACAGGUGAAAAUCUAUUAAAAGAAUUGAGUUUACAAAUGUACUAGGAUUAAUACUUAGAAUAUAGAAAAUAAUUCAGUAAAUUUGUUAGUUUAAGAACAAAUUACAUAAGUUAUUAUUAUUAGAAAUUGAAUUAAUAAGAAAAAUAAUUAGUAUUCACUGAAUUCAUAAUAAUUCAUAAUUUAAUACCCAAUUUAAUAAAAUUAACAUAUAGUUUGGAAUCAUUAAAAUGUAAUAUAUCAAACAUAAAAUUUUUGAUUAAAUGUAUGAUUUCACUCUUUUAAUAUUUCUUUUUAUUAUAGUUUUCUAAUUAUCCAAAAAUUUAAAUAAAGAAUGAAAAUAUUAAAUAUUCGCAAUAUCAUCUAGGAAAUAAUGGUUCAUAAUUUAUAUUGAUUUAGAACCAAUAAUUAAAAUCUGAUAAUUUAAUUGAUGGAGUAUAUACAGAGGAAUAAAUGUAAUUAAUUUUAAAUAAGAAGAGUUGGUUGGAAUAAAAUAAAAAAAAGAUGAAUAUAGUUUCAUAUAAUCUUGCUAUUUUAGUUUGA